GUGCUGCCGCGCCGCGUCUCCGCCACCCCUGCCGCCUCCGCUGCCUCCGCCGCCCUGCAGGGCCCCCGCUCCCAACGGCGCCGGCCCGCGUCCCACGUCCCGGAGUCCCGGCUGCUGCGAGAUGACGCUCAAGUCCGGCGAGGGCGAGGGCGGGGGCGGCAUGCGCUCGGCGCUCUCCGAUCUCUACCUGGAGCACUUGCUGCAGAAGCGCAGCCGGCCCGAGGCUGUGUCCAGCCAGCUGAACACUGUGACUGAGGACAUGUACGCCAACGGGUCUGCGGCCCCAGGGAGCCCUGCCCAGGCCAAGGGGAAGGAGGUACGGAGAGUGCGGCUCAUACAGCUGGAGAAGGUCACGGAGGAGCCCAUGGGAAUCACGCUGAAACUGAAUGAGAAACAGUCCUGUACCGUGGCCCGGAUUCUUCAUGGUGGCAUGAUCCAUAGGCAGGGCUCCCUUCAUGUGGGGGAUGAGAUCCUAGAAAUCAAUGGCACAAAUGUGACUAACCACUCAGUAGACCAGCUGCAGAAGGCUAUGAAAGAAACCAAAGGAAUGAUCUCAUUAAAAGUGAUUCCCAACCAGCAAAGUCGUCUUCCUGCACUACAGAUGUUCAUGAGAGCACAGUUUGACUACGAUCCCCAAAAGGACAGUCUGAUCCCUUGCAAGGAGGCGGGACUAAAGUUUGUUACUGGGGACAUUAUCCAGAUCAUCAACAAGGAUGACAGCAACUGGUGGCAGGGGUGGGUGGAAGGCUCCUCCAAGGAGUCCGCAGGACUGAUCCCUUCCCCCGAGCUGCAGGAAUGGCGAGUGGCGAGUGUGGCUCAGUCUGCUCCGAGUGAAGCCCCGAGCUGCAGUCCGUUUGGGAAGAAGAAGAAGUACAAAGACAAGUACCUGGCCAAGCACAGCUCAAUUUUUGACCAGUUGGAUGUUGUUUCGUAUGAGGAAGUUGUUCGGCUCCCUGCGUUCAAGAGGAAGACCUUGGUGCUGAUUGGGGCCAGCGGGGUGGGGCGCAGCCACAUUAAGAAUGCCCUGCUCAGCCAGAAUCCGGAGAAGUUCGUGUACCCUCCCCCAUACACAACACGGCCACCGAGGAAGAGCGAGGAAGACGGGAAGGAGUACCACUUCAUCUCAGCGGAGGAGAUGACCCGGAACAUCUCUGCCAACGAGUUCUUGGAGUUUGGCAGCUACCAGGGCAACAUGUUCGGGACCAAGUUUGAAACCGUGCACCAGAUUCAUAAGCAGGACAAGAUUGCUAUCCUCGACAUUGAGCCCCAGACCCUGAAGAUUGUUCGGACAGCAGAGCUUUCCCCUUUCAUUGUGUUCAUUGCGCCUACUGACCAGGGUGCACAGACGGAAGCCCUACAGCAGCUGCGGAAGGACUCUGAGGCUAUCCGCAGCCAGUAUGCUCACUACUUUGACCUCUCUCUGGUCAAUAACGGUGUUGAUGAAACCCUUCAGAAACUACAAGCCGCCUUUGAGCAGGCCUGCAGCUCUCCACAGUGGGUGCCUGUCUCCUGGGUUUACUAAGCUUGCAGCACGGGAAGCUAGUGUCCCUCUCUUCACAUUUGAACUCCAUGUCCCUUGCUUUAACAAAAAAGGGCUGCUUCAACUAGUUCUGUCAGCUUCCAGCUCUCUGCAACUGUCCCAGAUAGGCUGCUAGGACCAUCCCUCACUCAGGCUCCCGAAGGCCUGGGUUUCCUUUUCCUGAUGAUGGGGUCCUACUGAUCUGGAUCUCAAAAAGCUAUCUGGAAAUUGGGAAUAAGAAGUACUACCAAAAUCCAGCUGCUAAUCAAAGAUGCACAAAAAAAGCAGUGGGUCCUGUCCCCCUGAAGCCUGAGCUUCUCCACCUUCAACUACACCGGGUAUCUUUUCAUUGGUCUUUGUUUUUUUGGUACCAGGGAUCAAACUCGGGUCCUUGCGCUUGCACAACAGGCGGUGAAACCACUGAGCCAAAUCCCCGGCCCAUUGGUCUUUACUUUGGAGAAAGCAUCUUUUGCAACUUUCUAAAAUGCCAAAUGAAACAGCUGUGCAAGUUACCUGCUCUAGGGAAACCCUCAAAGCAAUAAAGAUGUGGCUGUGAAAACACCAA